CUCCAGUACUACAAACACACUCUCGCGACGUUACUGCAACUCCAUGAAUUGGCGAUUUUAAAGUCUUCUAACCCUCACCUUCCUACUGCUGAGCUCGCGGAAGUCCACUAUUCCCUUGAACUUUUCGAUCCCUCCGUGCAUUCCGGCACAAUGUCGUCACGGUUAGUGCUGUGUCUAGGCGACCUCUUCAUACCAGACAGAGCUCCGGAUAUACCGGCAAAGUUCAAAAAGCUCCUCGCGCCCGGGAAGAUUGGUCAGAUUCUCUGCCUGGGGAACAUAACGGACAAGGACACGUACGAGUUCCUCCGGGGCAUCGCGCCCGAUCUGCAUAUUGUCAAAGGUGAUUUCGACGUUGAAGCGCCCAACCUCGCGCUGUCAAAGGUCGUCACGCAUGGCUCGCUCCGCAUAGGUUUCACACAUGGCCACACGAUUGUACCGCCCGGCGAUGGCGACAGCCUGCUCAUCGCCGCAAGGCAGAUGGAUGUGGAUAUCCUGCUGUGGGGCGGCACCCACAAGUUCGAGGCUUACGAGAUGGAGGGCAAGUUCUUCGUGAAUCCCGGGAGUGCUACGGGUGCUAUGACGACCGGGUGGUGGAGCGAGGAUGAGGAGCCUACGCCGAGCUUUGUGCUCAUGGAUGUACAAGGGGACGUUCUCGUGCUGUAUGUGUAUCAGCUGCGGAAAGAUGCGAAUGGCGCGGAAAACGUCGCCGUAGAGAAGGUCUCGUUCCGGAAAAACGGCGGUGGUGUGUCGUAG